UUCGCAACACUUUGAAAGAAUGUUUACUAAAAACUUUGCGAUAACAACGAUGACCACGAUCACAGUUUUAUCUCAAUUGCCGGACCGAAACAUCUAACAUGCACUGAACAACUCACUGAAAAUCUUCACAAAAGAAAAAUUAAUCAGGAAAGCGGUCAGUUAUGGCCGAGUCUGAGAUCACAUCGAACAUGUCAGAGUCUGAGAAACACGUUAGUGGGUACGUGGUGGUCGGUGGAGGCAUAGCUGGAGUAACGUGUGCUGAACAGUUGUCGUCAUCAUGUCCUGAGGAGAAGAUAACUCUCAUCACUGCUUCACCACUCAUCAAAGCAGUCACCAACUUUACACAGGUGUCUAAAGUACUAGAGCAGUUUGAUGUUGAAGAGCGUCCAGCCACAAGCCUGCAGUCUCGCUGCAAGAAUGUUCACGUCUUACACUCUUCAUUUGUCACCGAUCUGAACGUUACCGAUCAGUAUCUAUCACUUGCAGACGGCACAAAGGUUCCAUACAGCAAACUGUGUUUAUGCACCGGCGGAACACCCAAGAAGAUUGCCGAAAACAAUCCGUUUGUCUUGGGUAUCAGAGACACUGAGAGUGUGGUAGAGUUCCAAAAGAGAAUGGUCGGUGCCCAGCGGGUGGUGAUCGUCGGUAACGGAGGGAUCGCGACAGAGCUUGUUUACGAGAUCGAGGGAUGCGAGGUGAUUUGGGCCAUUAAGGAUGAUGCAAUAAGCAGCACGUUCGUCGACGCUGGCGCUGCAGAGUUUCUCCUGCCGCAGUUGAACGCAGAAAAGGACAAAUCAAAAGGAGCUCUGAAGAGACAUAAAUACACUGUCACCAAGUCUGUAAAGGGAGACGCCAAGGCACAAGGGGGUGCUCUUGGUCCUGAUUGGAGCGUUGGACUGAGGAUGGAGGGAAAGGUACAGGGUUCACAUCACGUUCAUGUGGAGUACACCUGCGAGGUUGAAUGCGUCCUUACAACAGAGGAAAUGUCCUCAUCUGGACGAACACCAGAUGUAUUUCCCUCGACAAAUACAGGACGUACUGGUGAUUCCCCCAACUGGCCUGUGUAUGUUGCUCUCACAAACGGCAAACUCUAUGGAUGUGACUUUGUAAUCAGCGCAACCGGAGUCAUCCCAAACACCAAGAUACCUCUCUUCGCUGCCGAUUUUGAGAUCGCCAAAGACGGCGGUUUAAAAGUUAACAAUCACAUGCGGACUAACAUUCCCAAUGUUUAUGCAGCGGGGGACGUGUGCAGUGCAUCGUGGGAACCAUCUCCCCAUUGGAUUCAGAUGCGGUUGUGGUCCCAGGCGCGACAAAUGGGAGCUUAUGCCGGGAAGUGUAUGGUCGCCGAUACCACUCGUGAGACGAUCCCACAGGAUUUCUGCUUUGAGUUGUUCGCUCAUGUGACAAAAUUCUUCGGGUAUAAAGUGGUGCUCCUGGGAAAGUACAACGCUCAGGGUUUGGGGUCGAACUUUGAGUAUCUGUUGCGCAUGACGAAGGGGAAGGAGUACAUUAAGGUGGUGAUGAAGGAUGGGAGGAUGCAAGGCGCUGUGCUGAUCGGAGAGACGGACUUGGAGGAAACAUUUGAGAACCUUAUUUUGAACGCGAUGGAUCUUAGCAUUUAUGGAGAAGAUCUUCUAGAUCCGGGAAUCGAUAUUGAGGAUUACUUUGACUAAACUCAAUGAGUUAAAUAAAUGGUCAAGUGCAGAUACUUUACAAACUUAAAAUGACCUGUGAUAUAAAUGCAAAAAGUUGGCAGUGGCCUCUCGUCUCAACCCAAUAAAUGCAACAAGUCAUUUUGAAGUAUGGUGGACAAUACUAGACUAUUUUGUUUGGGUUAAUUUGUCUGUAGACACCCAAACCAAACUGCACUCCUAUAGCGUCCACCAUACCUCAAAAAGGCUACUAAAUAAAGUUGAAACAUGACAUGGCUAUUUUGUGCAAUAAACUCAAUCAGUGCAUACAAGUUGUGUGUUUAUUUCUUUUUAUAAAAAAUCAGUUUAUUUGACAUUAUUUAUUGAGACAUGUAAUGUACAAAACAAAAACAAUUUGGGUCAGGGGUCGGGGGAGAAAGUAUUAGAUUGCUGGCAUGAUAUUCAUUCUAUUGUUUAAAUCCAAGGGAAUAAAUUUGCUUAAUAUACAACUUCCUAAAAUUUGCUUGCUGGCCCAAGUCCCCCAUUAUUCUGGAACCAGAACCUUUCAAAUAAUAUAAUUCAGGAGGUUUACAGACUUUGUACAUCACCAGCAAUAUAUAUUUUGAUUGAUCAAGGUUCACAUAGAAUAUCUGACAAAAAGUAAAUGUGAAAGAAGCGCAGUGCAUCAAAUAGCAGGAUUUCUUUGUACAAUGUAGUAGCAGUAUUAUCAAAUUUACUGUCAUUAAAGGAACACAGUGCCUUGGAUCAGUCGAGCUGGUCUUUGAAAACAGAACAAACCCUUGUGGCAGAGACAAUAUAGACAAGUUUCAAAAUUCACACAAAAAGGUUCAUUAUGCAACGUCUCGGGUUUAGGUUUGCAGGCCUGAUUCUUCACGGAGGCAACGGAGGCGAUUGCCUCCAUUGCCCCUUGCCAUUGCCUUGGUGCCCUUGAAAUGC